AUGGCUACUAGGCUUCAGAACCAGGACAGGGUGCCAGAGAACCUGAGAAAACAGCUUGCUCUUGCUGUGAGAAGCAUCGAAUGGAGCUAUGCAAUCUUCUGGUCGAUUUCAGCAAGACAACCAGGGGUGUUGGAGUGGGGUGAUGGAUACUACAAUGGAGAUAUCAAGACAAGAAAAACAGUUCAAGCCAUAGAACUUAAUGCUGACCAAAUGGGAUUGCAAAGGAGUGAACAAUUGAGAGAACUUUACGAGUCCCUCUCAGCUGGCGAAGCAAGUCCACAAGCUAGAAGGCCUUCGGCAUCAUUAUCACCCGAAGAUCUAGCUGAUACGGAGUGGUAUUACCUAGUUUGCAUGUCAUUCGUCUUCAACGUUGGACAAGGGUUGCCAGGACGAACAUUAGCAAAUGGUCAACCUAUCUGGCUAUGCAAUGCUCACUAUGCUGAUAGUAAAGUGUUCACUCGCUCUCUCCUGGCAAAGAGUGCCUCCAUUCAGACUGUGGUAUGCUUUCCAUUUUUGGGAGGUGUGAUUGAGCUGGGUGUGACUGAGUUGGUUAUGGAGGACCCUGAUCUCAUUCAGCAUGUUAAAACAUCUUUCUUGGAGGUUCCAUAUCACAUAGCUUCCAAGAAAACCAAUCCUAGUGCAGGAAGCACAAGAAAUGACAAUGAUGUUGCCUGCACUGUGCUUGAUCAUGAUGUUAUGGACACCAAAUUAAUUCCUGUUGUAGGAUGUGAAGAAAUGAAUGUGACUUCACCUAAUAACAGCUCAAAUGGUUUGGGGCUCAAUCAACCAGCUGACGAUUCAUUCAUGGUUGAAGGGAUGAAUGGGGGAGCUUCUCAAGUGCAAAGCUGGCAAUUUAUGGAUGAUGAGUUCAGUAAUUUUGUACAUCAUUCUAUGGAUUCCAGUGACUGUAUAUCUCAAACUUUGGUAUAUCCUGAAAAGGUUCUCUUGGGUCCUAAGGCUGAAAAGGCAAGUGACCGUUGCCUGCAUGAUCUUAAAGAGCGCAAUAGCACAAAACUGACCUCUUUAGAUCCCCAAAGCAAUGACUUGCAGUAUCAGAGUGUUCUUUCUGUCCUUUUAAAGGGCUCACACCAAUUGAUUUUGGGGCCAAACUUUCAAAAUUGUCAUCAGGAAUCUAGCUUUGUCAGUUGGAAGAGAGGAGGAUUUGUAAAAUGCCGGAAACAAAGAGGUGGAAGCCCGCAAAAAUUAUUGAAGCAGAUUUUGUUUGAAGUUCCUCGGAUGCAUGUUGAUUGUGUGCUCGAGUGCCCAGAAGAUAACAGUAAUAGAAAUGGAGUUUGGAGACCAGAGGCUGAUGAAAUUGGUAUGAAUCAUGCAUUAUCUGAGAGAAGGCGAAGGGAAAAACUAAAUGAAAGAUUUUGCGUUUUAAAAUCGAUGGUCCCUUCGAUUAGCAAGGAUGACAAAGUAUCCAUAUUAGAUGAUGCGAUAGAAUAUUUGAAAGAUCUUGAGAAAAGAGUUGAAGAGUUGGAAUCCUGCCGGGAGACGUCAGAUUUAGAAGCCAAAAUAAAGAGGAAAAUCCAAGAUACUAUUGAGAGAACAUCUGACAACUGUUGCAACACCAAAAUUAGUAAUGGGAAGAAGCCAUUAGUUUACAAGAGAAAGGCCAGUGACAUUGAUGAAACGGAGCCAGAAAUCAGUUGUGUUGUAUCAAAGCACGGUUCAAGUGAUAAUAUAACAGUGAAUAUGAACAACAAGGAUGUUCUAAUUGAGAUGAAAUUUCCUUGGAGGGAAGGAGUGUUGCUAGAGAUCAUGGAUGCCACAAGCCGUCUCCAAUUAGAUACUCACUCAGUUCAAUCAUCCACAGCAGAUGGGAUUCUUUCCGUCACUAUUAAAUCCAGGUUCAAGGGGUUGACUGUCGCAUCAGCAGGGACAAUCCAGCAAGCACUUCAGCGAAUCGCCAGAAGCUGUUGA